UUCACUUCACUUCUCUUUUCCUUUUCUCCUACUCCUACACUCUGCCCUUCUUCUUUCCACUUCUCUGCAACUGCAAUCAAAGCAAACGUCUCCGCAGCAAGCAACCCAUCAAUGGCGUUCUCUGUUUUUUCUUCUUCUUUCCCACAGGGAAUUUUUGCUGCCUCCAGUGGUGCAUCGCUGGACCACCAUGGCCACUCGGUAUCAGGAAGCGGAGGUGGUGCUGCGUUGGCAUUCGACAUCGAAUACGCGCGAUGGAUCGACGAGAAUCAGAGGCUGAUCAACGAUUUGAGAACCGCCGUGAAUUCUCAAAUGGGGGACAACCAGCUCCGCAUCCUCGUCGACGGCGUCAUGGAUCACUACGACGAGAUAUUCCGGCUGAUGAGCAUCGUCGCCAAGGCCGACGUCCGGCAUGUGGAAGACUCCCGCCGAGGGAUGUUUCAUGUGGUUGGGUGGAUUCCGCUCUUCAGAACUUGUCAAGAUAUUAGGGAACCAGCUGGAGCCUUUGAGAGAUCAGCAGCUGGUGGGGAUAUGCAAUCUGCAGCCGUC